AUUGGGAAUGAGAGAUGUGGUGAGGCAUGGGUUCUUGGUUAGUUGGUUAGCUAGUAACUGUAGUUUAUGCUACAAUAGUGGUGGGAGGUGUGGUUUCUUUUGGGAUAUUUAUCAUUUUAAGUGCUUCUGCCCAAGGAGAGAAAAGAGAUGCAUGGAUUCGGACUAGGAAUUGGACUUGCACUAGGUGGAAUAGUAAUUAUUGUGAGUGUACUACUCCUAACCCACACACUAUGGAAGAGGCACCAAACUAAUGAAAACGUUGAGGCCUUCCUUAAUAACUAUGGCCCCAUUCAAGUUAGAAGGUAUAGUUAUUCCAAAAUUAAGAAAAUGACAAACUCAUUCACUCAAAAAUUAGGCCAAGGAGGCUUUGGUGAUGUCUACAAAGGAAUCUUAGAUGAUGGCUCUUUUGUUGCAGUGAAGGUUUUGAACCAAUCCAAAAGUAGAGAUGGGCAAGAUUUCAUGAAUGAGGUAGCAACCAUAAGCAGAACUUCCCAUGUCAAUAUUGUUACUUUAUUGGGUUUUUGUUUCGAAGGUUCUAAAAGAGCUCUAAUAUACGAGUUCAUGCCCAAUGGAUCUCUUGAGAAAUUUAUAUUUGAUGACAAUACAACUAAUGAAAACAUUCAUCAGUUGGAUUGGGAAACUUACUAUCAAAUCUCACUCGGCAUUGCCAGAGGACUCGAGUAUCUACAUCGCGGUUGCAACACAAGAAUUUUACAUUUCGACAUCAAACCUCAUAAUAUUCUUCUUGAUGUUGGUUUUGUUCCCAAAAUUUCGGAUUUUGGCUUGGCCAAAAUCUGUAAAACAGACGAAAGUCGUGUUUCAAUGUUAGGUCCAAGAGGGACGGUUGGAUACAUUGCACCUGAAGUUUUUAAUAGAAAUUUUGGAAAUGUGUCACAUAAAUCUGAUGUCUACAGUUAUGGAAUGAUGAUCUUGGAAAUGAUAGGAGGAAGAUCGAAUAUUAAUGUUCAAGUUAAUAAUACAAGUGAGAUAUAUUUCCCACAUUGGAUAUAUAAACACCUUGAAUUAGAUGAGAAUCUUGAAUUAAAGAGAAUUGUUAAUGAAGAAGAUGGUGUGAAAGUGAAGAAGAUGAUAAUAGUAAGCUUGUGGUGUAUUCAGACCAAUCCUUCAAAUCGACCAAUUAUGAGUCGAGUUAUUGAAAUGUUGGAAGGGAGUGUGGAUUCAUUGGAAAUUCCACCCAAACCAUUUUUGUAUUCGCCUUCAAGAUCACCACUCCUAUAAUCUUCUCAAACAUUUGUAUAACUGAACAUACUUGUGUUAAUAGUUUCAAUACGAAUAUAUGCAUUAGAUAUUGUUGGAAAUUUUCUCAUUGCACUUUGAAUAAGAGGAUUUCAAUACUUGUGGUAUAUUUUUUUUAACAAUGUAUCAUCAAUUUGACAUUUCAUUAGAGAUUUUCUUAGAUCUACUAAAUAAAAAAUAAUUUUUCUCCCUAUGUUAAUUGUUUAGUAGAUGGAUUGAGAGGAAGAUGAAUGUAGAAUCUACAAUGGACAGAGAGAAUAGUAAAUCUGAUUUAUGUUGUUUGUAAUAGUAAUAAAGGUAGAAAGAUGGAGAGAAAGUUAAUUAUUAAAACUACCACAGUAUCAUUUUUAGUAGAGU